UAUAUUGGUCCUGAUUACAUUCAAAACCAGCUGCAUGUAAAUAUCUGCACUCGUACGAGUAGGAGCAGCUGUGUGCACUGAGAUCUGAGAAGAUGGCAAACAAAAGAAUCAGUUAAAUGGAAUUUCAUUUUGCCUAGGUGAAAAUAUGAUAGCUCUUGUUGAACAUUUCACUUACGUCAUUUCAGGUCCAAUCAUAAGUCUCAGGUUUGAUAAGACAGUGGAGCCAUCUCCCUUCCUCUUUCUCCCUUUGACACCAUGGAUGAUAUCAUUGAACCUCGAUUUCAAGAGACCUACCCGACCCUCUUCGAGAAAUCUUCGAAAAAAGUGAAGGAUGAGAGCUGGCUUGCAACAGAUGAUGUGGAAUAUUGUGAACUGCCACUGAUUGAUCUUUCUUGUUUGAAUUUCUGGAGCUUGGGAAAGUUCGAGGAAGAUAGUUUUACUUCUGAGGAUUUUGCCCAGUGCAUAAAGGAGAUGGCUGAAGCUGCCAGUGACUGGGGAUUCUUUCAAGUUGUGAAUCAUGGGAUUCCUCAAAAAGAUCUAAAGAACAUGCUGUAUGAGCAAAAGAAGCUGUUCCAUCAGCCCUUCAGCAAGAAGGCUGAAAAAAGCUUCAUGAAUUUUUCAGCUAAUAGCUACCGCUGGGGGAGCCCUACUGCUACUUGUUUGAGGCAAUUUUCUUGGUCAGAAGCCUUCCACAUACCUCUUCCAGAUCUUUUAAGGUUGGAUGAAUGCAACAAAACCAGAUCAAGUAUUGGACUGUUUGCAACGAAAGCUGCUAGUUUGGCUCAAAGGCUGGCGGAGUAUUUAGCCAAUAAUUUGGGGGCCAAAUCGUCUUAUUUUCGAGACAAUUGCCUGCCCAGUUCCAGUUAUGUUCGCAUGAACAGAUACCCUCCAUGCCCUUUAUCUUUUGAGGUUUAUGGCCUCAUGCCCCACACAGACAGUGAUUUUCUCACCAUAUUAUAUCAAGACCAGGUUGGAGGGUUGCAGCUGAGGAAAGAUGGAAGAUGGCUCGGAAUUAAACCUAAUCCUGAAGUUCUAAUCAUCAACAUUGGUGACUUAUUUCAGGCAUUCAGCAAUGGAGUGUACAAGAGCAUUGAACACCGAGUAGUUGCUCGUUCAGAAGUUGAAAGAUUCUCUGUGGCAUAUUUCUAUUGCCCAUCUCAUGAAGCAGUGAUUGAGAACUUCAGCAGCAAGCCAGCAGUGUAUAGAAAGUUUAGUUUCAAAGAGUAUACACAACAAGUCCAAAAGGAUGUUCGAGCUACCGGUGACAAAGUAGGGCUCUCAAGGUUUCUCAUACUAUAAGAAAGAAUUAAGUCUUCAGCUCAUUUAUCAGAAUUAAUAUUUCCAAAUUAGGCAAAGUGUAGUAUAUAUGUGUAUAUAUACUUUCAUAUAGUCCAUCAAUAUAUACAGAUUUUAAGAUUUGCUUAAAAA